AUGUGGAAUCAGAUCUUGAAAGUUUGGAGAGAAAAUAUGGGAACUUAUGAUGAGGACCGCAAUCCUAAUGCUCUAUCGUGCCGAUGGGGUAUCAUACAAGCUGUAGUUAACAAGUUUCAUGGACAUUAUGAGUCACUCAACAGAAAUCCGAAAAGCGGAACUUCAAUCGAACUUAUGAAAAGUCAAGCUUUAAAAAUGUACAAAACGUUGGAGGGAACCACAUUCAGGUUUGAGCAUUGUUGGGAGGUUAUGAGAAAAAAUCCGAAAUGGUGUUCUCAGCAGCUUACAAAGCCUGGCUCCUCAAAUAAAGAUAAACCAGUAGAUGUCAUCAAUCUCGACACUCUAAAGCAACCAAUUACAUCAACUGAAGGAAGUGAGGACAACAAAAGUGAGGGUGUUCCUCGCCCAGAUGAAGGAAGAAAGUUGAGUAAGGAGAAUGCUAAGAAAGCCCAUGAACAGAAGGGAGUGAUUGGAUUUUUGACCAGCUAUCAGUCCACCAUAGAGAAACAAAAUGUGUUUAGCCAAAAAGAGUUGGAGCUGAAGAUUGAGAAAGAGAGAAAAGAAUUUGAACUUAUGAAAGAGGAUUUGGCUCUGAAAAAAAGGCUUACGAGCUAA